AUGACGUCCCCUGUGCCCCUUCCCAGAGCGGCAGCCAAAGAGCAGUUCAAGUCGCUGGGAGCUCAGACUCUGGAGGUGGACAUUAAGGAGGCCGGGGACGGCUAAGGCGGAUACUCUAAGGAGAUGUCCAAGGAGUUAAUUGAGGCUGAAAUGAAGCUGUUUGCCAAGCAAUGUCUGGAAGUAGACAUCCUCCUCAGCACGGCACUCAUCCCAGGUCGCAAGGCUCCUAUCCUGAUCACCAAGAACAUGGUGGAGAGCAUGAAGGAUGGCUCUGUGGUGGUGGACGUGCCUGGAGAACUCUCUGUACACAAGGGUGUGACCCACAUAGGCUUUGCUGACCUGCCCAGCCGCCUGCCUACCCAGUCCAGCACCCUGUACUCCAACAACCUGACCGGACUCAUCCGUGCAAUCAGCCCUUCCACUGAGAACAUCCACUAUGAGGUCAAGGAGCAGUUUAAGUAUGGCACUAUGGACCACAUCAUCAGAGGAUCCGUUGUCAUGCAGAAUGGCAACAACCUCUUCCCAGCUCCUCUGCCCGAUAAUAUCACAGUGGCAGCCACUCCCAAACCCAAGAGCAUGCAGGAGCUGGCCAAGGAGAAGGCUGCUGCCAUGUCCCCCAUCAAGGCCACCCUGACCACCGCUGGCAUGUACGCUGACUGUCUUGGCACCCUUUUAGGCCUGGGCCUGGCUUCCCCCAAUGCAGCCUUCACUCAGAUGGUGACCACCUUCGGCCUGGCUACCAUUGUGGUGUGGUGGGUGAGCCCAGCAGUUCACUCCCCACUCAUGUCCGUCACCAACGCCCUCUCUGGUCUGACUGCUGUGGGCGGUCUGUCUCUCAUGAGGGGGGCGUUCCCAAACAGAGUGUAUAUGCAGACCGUUGUCUACCAGGUUGAGUUUGACUGGUUUUGUUCUCUUUCUCUCUCAGGUGGUUUCCUGGUCACCAAGAAGAUGCUGGACAUGUUCAAGCAUCCCACUGACCCUCCAGAAUACAACUACCUGUACCUACUGCCCACCGGGUUGUUUGUGGGGGGCUAUGGAGUCGCCAUGCAGGCUGGCUACAAAAUUGAACAGAUGAUGUACAUGGACUCUGGUAUGUGCUGUGUGGGAAUCCUGGCUGGUCUGUCCAACCAGUCCACUGCAUGCCUGGGUAAUGCCCUGGGCAUGAUUGGUGUGGCAGGGGGCAUCGCUGUCACCCUGGGCUUUCUGAAGCCCACCCCUGAGCUCCUGGCACAGAUGAGUGCCGCCAUGGCUGUGGGUGGCAUCGCUGAGUUGGGUAUCGCUAGGAAGAUCCAUCACAGCCUGGUGGGUCUGGCUACAGUGCUGACCUACGUGGCAGAGUACAUGAUCGAGUACCCUCACUUUGCUACCGACCCGGCUGCCAACCUCACCAAGAUCAUCGCCUACCUGGACACCUUCAUCGGAGGGGUCACCUUCAGCGGGGUCACCUUCAGCGGAUCCCUGGUGGCUUAUGGGAAACCACAAGGUGAGGACGGACGAUUUCUUUCUUCUCCUCCUCUCUCCAGGUGUGCUGAUGCUAUGAACGCUGGGCUGAUGGUCUCCAGUGUGGGCCUGAUGAUCCCCUACAUGCUGGACCCCAGCUACACAAUGGCCUCUCCAUGGGUGAUCAUCAUGGUGCUCAGCAGCUACUCCGGCUGGGCCCUGUGUGCUGAGGGUUUCCUGCUCAGCAACAACCUGCUCAACAUCGUAGGGGCCCUCAUCGGCUCCUCAAGGGCCAUUCUCUCCUGCGUCGCCAUGAACCGUUCCCUUGCCAGUACAUCAUCCACUGGGUCAGGCAAGCCCAUGGAGAUCAUAGGAAUGGACCAGACUGUCAAAAUGAUCGAAGACGCCCACAACAUCAUCAUCACUCCAGUGUUUGUGUUUUUAGCAUCAGAAUAUCAAUAUCCAGUGAGAUUAAUUUAUUUCAUUGUACGAUUUACAGGAAAAAAUGUACGUUUUGGUAUCCACCGAAUGCCUUGGCAGCUCAACGUGCUAUUGGCCGAGGCGGGCAUUCCCUAUGACAUCGUGCUUUUUCUAUGUCUCAGAAAACGGAAAACGGACCUGGUUCUGGUGAUUGGUGCAAACGACACAGUGAACUCUGCAGCCCAGGAGGACCCCAACUCCAUCAUCGAAUCCAUGAAGAGUGAACGAGUGGUUGUAAUGAAGCGUUCUCUGGGAGUGGGCUAUGCUGCAUUGGACAACCCCAUCUUCUACAAGCCCAACACAGCCAUGUUGCUUGGAGAUGGGCUAUGCUGCAUUGGACAACCCCAUCUUCUACAAGCCCAACACAGCCAUGUUGCGUUUAGCUCCUUCUGGCUUAGCAGCAACUGUUGCGUGAUUAAGUACAAUACUCAGACCAGCUCCACAAUGCUGCCUCCCUGCAAGGAGCCACCAUUGGAAGACACAAGUUACUUCAAGGUCUUCCGCAGAUUCCCCACUGGGCAACAGGUCACACCCGUAAUUGCCCAGCCUACCCCAGUGUCCCGAGAACACCGCUUACCUCCUCCGGAGAGCUACGCUGGAGAUUCUGGAACCUGCCGAGGUUUUCUCUCCCAGUGCUCCCUCAUUUUCGAGCUCCGAGUUCUUCGUUUUUCGUUCCACUCGGACUUCUCAAGGAUAGCGUCAAGGAUAGCGUCCAUGAGGGCACUCGCCUGGGCCAUGGCGGUGUGGGACCAACAAUCCACCGUCUACCUCAGUCUGGAGGAGUUCAUGGAGGAAGUUCAAAAGGUGUUUGAUUCUCGGUUGUCCGGAAGAGAGGCUGCUUGUAAGCUGCUCCUGCUACGUCAAGACUCCCUUAGGACUCCGUCCUUCUGCCUCCCCCGCCGCCACUCCAGGGGGCCACUGUGGUCUCCAAGCUGGACCUACGGAACGCCUCACCUGGUGCGGAUACGGGAAGGGGACAAGUGUAAGACUGCCUUCAACACGGCCAGCGGUCACUACGAGUAUCUGGAUAUGCCCUUUGGCCUUACCAAUGCCCCUGCUGCUUUCAAGGCUCUGGUUAAUGACCUUCUCCGCAAUAUGUUGAACCGGUUCGUCUUCGUCUACCUUGAAGACAUCCUGGUCUUCUCCUGCUCCACCCAAGAACAUAUGCUCCAUGUCCGACAGGUUCUCCAACGCCUCCUGGAGAACCAGCUUUUUGUAAAAGCAGAGAAGUGCGAAUUCCAUCACUCCAGCAUCCCCUUUCUGGGUUAUAUCAUCGCUGCAGGGAGUGUACAUGUGGAUCCCGGGAAGGCCGAUGCUUCGGAUGUCGGAGUGGGGGCUGUCCUGUCCCAGUGGUCUGCCCUGGACCUCAAGAUACAUCCCUGCGCCUUCUUCUCCCACCGCGUCAAUGCCACGGAGAGGAACUAUGAUGUGGGGAAUCGUGAGCUUCUCACUGUGAAGAUGGUGUUGGAGGAGUGGAGGCACUGGCUGAAGGGGGUGGAACAUCCGUUCAUUGUGUGGACCGUCCACAAGAACCUGGAAUACCUCCGCACCGCCAAGUGUCUCAAUUCCAGGCAAACUAGAUGGGCCCUUCUGUUAAUCCGGUUCAACUUUUCCCACUCUUACUGGCUGGGAUCCAUGAAUGUCAAGCCAGAUGCGCUGUCACGCCGCUAUAGCCCCACGGCUACUACCCCGGAACCUGUGACCAUCCUUCCCACCUCAUGCCUGGCGACGGCACUCAGCUGGGGAAUCGGGAAGCCGGUUCUUGAGGUGGGGGGGCAGAAAACUGGAUGUUCAUUCCUGACGAAGUCCGCUCCUCAAUCCUGGAGUGGGCUCACUCCUCCAGGCUUGCCUGCCAGCCGGGCUCCCGUUGGGCCCUGGCUAUUGUGCGACACCGCUUUUGGUGGCCCUACAUGGUUCCUGACAUCUCUGCAUUCGUUGCCGCUUGCACGGUCUGUGCAAAGAACAAAACUCCUCGGCAAGCUCCGGCUGGUCUCCUCCAACCUCAAAGCUGGGUCCAAGAGACUGAAAACAGCUUCUCAAUGCUAUCAGACUGUUAAAUAG